AGGGGCCCAGAGCAACCACCAGGCCCGGCUGAUGGGGGAGAGCCCAGAGAACAUCAUGUCUGGGAAGAGAAAGGGCUCGGGCCGGAGCAGGAAGCAGAGCCUGUCCCGCUCCUCCAGAGCGGAGCUGCAGUUCCCUGUCAGCCGUGUGGACCGGCUCCUACGUGAGAGCCACAGCAGCCACCGCCUGGGCUCAUCCACACCUGUGUUCCUGGCAGGAGUGCUUGAAUUCCUGACGGCCAACAUCCUGGAGCUGGCAGGCAAGGAGGCUCGCAGUCACCGCAGAGCACGCAUCACCCCGGAGCAUGUGGGGAGGGCAGUGGACAGCGACCAGCACCUCAGCCACCUCUUUGAGGAGGACAGUACUCAUCACAGGGAGGCGCUCCAGCCCAGGGAGGACUGAACCGCAGGGUCCCCCGAGCCCAGUAGUACAACAGCAGCAGCAACAUCACCCCCAAAGUUCCCACCAGUGAAGAGGCUGGGUCUUCUAUAUUUAAUCAAUCAGCAUGUGUUAUUAAGGGGUUAUAAAAAAAAAAAAGAACUAAAGAGUCAGUGGAGGAGGCUGAGGUGCUGGGAGAUCAGGAGGAAGUCAUGACAGAGAGAAAUAGAUGCAGGAAAGCAGGAGUCUGUAGCCCAACAAAGCUGGGCCUUUAAGUCCUCAUGUCAGCCACAGCCCUUGAGACAACUCUGUCUCCUCACAAUAAAUCCCUCCUUCCCCUUUA